UUCUUUUUUAUUCAACUUUUACUAUUUCAAAUGGUACAGUCUAUUGAAGUAUAUCUUCAACCUCCUUCUCCUACCAUAAAUCCAAUAUGCACAUUGCCUUCUGUUAAAUCGUUGUUUUCAGAGACCAUGGAAGAAGACGAGAGAAGUAUCAUAUCGGAGCAUGAUCAGCAGCAGCAACAACAGUUACCAAGUAUUCGAGUCACAGAAGAUGAUACCAGCCACUCUGAAUAUGGUAGUGAUCAUCAUCAUCGUCGCCGUCUUAGCUUCAAUAAUAAACUAGAUGCGAUUGAGCCUCAGCUUGAUUCAUUAUCCAUCUCCACCUCACCAUAUCAACAAAGUCCUAUCAUGACCUUUUCUUCCCCAUCAUCUACUACUUCUUCUAUUGUUGGUUCACCAUUAAUUUCACCUAUAAACGAUGGCCCCUUUUUACUGCCACCACCAGAUAGCAGUACACUACGUCGUUGUCGUUCUGUUUCCAACUCAUCAAUCACAUCAUCACCCACAAACUCACCUUAUACAUCAUUUUCAUUUCGUUCAUUGUCGGAACCCCCUACUUUUAGCUUACCUCCUUCAUCGACAGAUGAAGAGGAUGAAGGUGAUGAUCGAAAUGAUAAUCGUAAUGAAGAUUGUCACCCCAUUUUUGGACCCAAGAGAAAACGUGGUAGACCACCAAAUGCUUCUCGGCCAGAAGUGCAAGCAGACAGCAAUUACACAUUUGUUAAACCGACCGUUUGGGAUGUUGGACAUAAACCACAAAAACAGAAACAAUCGAACAAUGAUACCCCUCAAUUUCUGACUGAGAACACUGUUUUAUCAGACGGCAUUAAUACUUUUACAGCAACUAAUAUGAACAUGGCCUUAAAUAUACCCAAAAAAAAACGAGGACGAAAGCCGAAAAAGCAACUGGAGGGCAACUCAUGCUUUGUUUGGCGUGAUUUGACUGCACCGCGUGGCGCUAACAAAAAGACAUUACUAUCGCAGAAAAAGAAAGAAUCAAAUCAUAACAAUGAGGGGAGCAGUAAUACAGGCCAGUAUUCAUAGUGAUAUAUAUAUAUAACACAAUUAUUUGAUGAUUGUAUUUCGAAUUUAAUUGAAAUAAAUCUGUACGCAUAUGCUUUAUUUACGCCA